CGCACCGAAUUUAAUGGGGGGAGUGUGGAGUCCCCAUCACCACCUCCACCUCUCUCGCUUUGAGCUUCUCCAGCACAACACUUUGAGCUCGAAUUUUUUUGAAAAAAGAGAAAAAGGGGGAAAAAAACGAUGGUUCCUCUCACUCCGAGGCUCCUUGGUGCCCUUCUCCUCCUUUUAUGUUUUGAAGAACUCUUCUUCAAAUUUGAAAACACAGUUGCUCAUAGCUUACCUCAAGUGCGUCAUGUGGACUACUCUAGAGAAACAGAUGCCCCCCUUUUGCCUGAAAUUUCUCCAAGCAAUGCCCCUCAACCAUUCAUUCCUCUUCUUGCACCUGCGCCCCUGGCUCCAUUUUUCAACAAUAGCACACCAAAAUUAUCAGGGCAAUGCUCGUUAAACUUCACAGCUGUUGACAGUUUGAUGAGUACCACUGCAGUUGAUUGCUUCGCCUCUUUUGCCCCUUUCUUAGCCAAUGUAAUUUGUUGCCCCCAGCUUCAGGCGAUGAUAACAAUUCUUAUUGGGCAAUCAAGCAAAAGUACAGGAUUGCUCGCCUUGGAUUCUACUCAUGCAAACUUUUGCCUCUCGGAUAUUCAACAGCUUCUAGCAAGCCAAGGCGGCAGCAGCGACCUCCAAAGUGUAUGCUCGAUUAACUUCUCAAACCUCACGAGGGGGUCUUGUCCUGUAAAUGAUAUUAACGGGUUUGAGAGCAUUGUGGACUCUUCGAAACUGUUGGCUGCUUGUGGGAAAGUUGACUCAGUCAAUGAGUGCUGUAGCCAAAUAUGUCAGAAUGCUGUUUAUGAAUCGGCUAAGAAACUUGCUUUGAGCGAUGGUGGUUUGACGCUUCAGAAUUCAUCUGUAGUUGAUAGUUGCAGAGACAUUGUGCUCAGAUGGUUGUCGAGCAGGCUCAGUGCUUCGUCAGCGAAACAAGUACUUAGGCAGAUAUCUAACUGUAACGUAAAUGGAGCUUGUCCAUUAGAUUUUCCAGACACUACUAAGGUUGCAAAAGCUUGUGGUGAAAGCCCCACGAACCAUAGUUCGUGCUGCAAUGCUAUGAACAACUAUGUAUCUCACUUGCAAAAGCAGAGCUUUAUAACUAAUCUUCAAGCGCUGGAUUGUGCCUCAUCGCUCGGUCAAAAGUUGCAAGAUAUGAAUGUGAGCACAAACAUUUACAGCUUGUGCCAGAUAACUCUUAAGGACUUCUCUCUCCAAGUUGGCUCUCAAGAAUCUGGAUGCCUCUUGCCAAGUUUGCCAUCUGAUGCCACAUUCGACCGUUCAUCUGGGAUUAGUUUCACUUGCGAUCUAAAUGACAAUAUUGCAGCUCCUUGGCCCUCUUCAUCUCAAGCUUCUGCGUCUUCGUGCAAUAAGUCGACUAAUUUUCCUGCACUUCCAGCUGCAACUUCUGCACAACAUGGUGUUUAUGUAAUGGAUAUGAAGUCUCCAGUGCUUAUGUCUUUGUUUUUGUCUCUUCUAAUACUCAUUCAACGCUAGCUUGUUCCUCUAUAAUCAUUACCUUAUAUGUGCACGGAUGUUCCGCGGUAUAUGCAAUCAAGUUAACAGAUCUAGUCCUUAACUCGGUACAUUGAUGGAAAGGAAUGGUUCAACAUUUUGGUCCCAUUAUCGGCAGUAGAAAAGGUUUCGAAAAGCCUAAAGUGAUCAGCAAUCUCUUGUAGAAGCUCAUUUGUUGUAGUCCUUAACAUUCUAUAUGUAUGGAACAUGAUUCUUGUAAGCUAUAUGUAAUAAUGCACUGUAUAGAGAGAACCAAUUUUAGAUCUAAUAGUGUGGUUGAGAGCAAAUGUAAAGUUCAGUAUCGUGUUUUAACUGCGCAAGUCUGAUCGGAAAUCACUGUUCAACCGAUCGAUAUGUCAACUUCGCGUCAAUGUCACUUUACUGUUAAAUUUGGUGCAGAACCACCAACCAUUUGCAUAUUUACAGACAUUGAUCUUGA